AUGCCUUUUAAGUUCUCGAAAAUACACCUCUAUGCCUUUGAAUCUGCAAAGAUUACAGCUUGGGUCAUAGGUGGUAUCGUUUGUGGCCCCACGUUGGCAUCAAUCUACUUCGGCCAUUGUCUGGGCCUCGUAGCUCACUCUGAAAUUAAAUCUCACAUCAGAGAAGCGAAGUCUCGGAAAUCAAUCAAAAGCUCCAGUCCUAGGAAUUUCCGCACCUUCAAAAUGUUCAAGUUUCUACCGAAAGAACUACAAUCAGCCGUCUGGAAUUUCGCGCUCCAGGAAAUUGAGCCUCGAACAGUUAAACUCCAAUUGUAUUGGUGGCAAUACAAAGUUUACCGGUCAGGAAGUCGAGAUUUCUUGGGUUCUAUUCUGACUGCAAAACACAAAUACAAAGCUAAGAUUCCGGCUUUGCUUCACAUCUGUCAAGAUUCACGAGAUAUCGCCCAAAAGAAAUACAAGCUUAGUUUUGGAAAAUUAUUGCAAGGGCGACCCGUGUACUUUGAUAUUGAGCGGGAUACCCUUUGGGUUGUGGGAGGACGAGAUCACUGUCGAGAAUUUCCACUGCGACUGUUGGGCAUGGAAGGUUUUCAGAACUUGAUCAUCACACCUUCACCAAGACAUCUUUGCAUUAAUGCUCCAGCUACAUCGAAUGAACCACUACAACAGUGGCUCGAUCGACUGGUUUCAUGCUCAAUAGCGGCAAAUAUGCGCAUUCAGAUUGUGCUCGAGCAGGUGGAUAGGAUAGAUAAAGGUAUCGGUGAGACAAAUGCUGAACGUCUAUGCGAUGCAGUACGAAAUCUCAGCAUUCAUGAUUUUCAUCCUUCCGUAGAGAUAGUCCUCAGAGAAAGAUUGGAUUUUGGGGGAGGACUUUGGUAA